UUCUCGUUGGAGUAGAAUUGUGACUGUGGAAAUGUCUGGACGUGGAAAAGGCGGCGCUGGCAAAGCUCGGUCCAAGGCCAAAUCUCGCUCGUCUCGGGCUGGACUGCAAUUUCCGGUCGGCAGGGUACACAGACUCCUAAGAAAGGGCAACUAUGCUGAGCGGGUGGGUGCCGGAGCCCCGGUCUAUCUGGCUGCUGUGCUCGAGUAUCUGACGGCCGAAAUCCUCGAAUUGGCCGGCAACGCGGCCCGGGACAAUAAGAAGACCCGCAUCAUCCCCCGGCACUUGCAGCUGGCCGUCCGCAACGACGAGGAGCUGAACAAGCUGCUGGGAGGGGUGACUAUCGCUCAGGGCGGUGUGUUACCCAAUAUCCAGGCCGUCCUGUUGCCCAAGAAAACCGGCGCUGCCAGUAAGUGAAGCGACGUAAGCUGAAUCUAUUUACCCAAAGGCUCUUUUCAGAGCCACUCACAAUGUCUGUGGAAGGGCUGAGCGGCGGGUCCUUUCCGUCCGUUUGAUAUCCUGCAUCCGUCAGUGUCUCGACCUGUUUCUAACGCGAAUAAACCGAUAUAAAUCUGCACAGAAACCGGUUCGUUUCAGUCCCUGAUCGUUUUCCCCUAUCACCCGACUGAAUGCAGCUCUCUCCCCUUGCAGAGAGUCAGCGGGUUCCCUAGGCGCAGAGUCAUGAAAUGAACUUCCGGAGUCAGCCCCGGGAGGGAGAGUUUAAUCUCCGAUCACUGAACGACUCCGCUCUUCAUCACCUGGAACCGCGUUGUCUGGGUUCCACAUUACGGUUUUACCCCGGACCGUUCCGGUGUGCAGAAGGCGGGAACAUCGCCUGUUCGUUGCUUCAUGAGCGAUUCCCAUCGCCUCACAGAAAAAUAACAUUUGCGUUUUACAUUUCAGAAUCAAGUUUAUUAUCACCGGCAUGUGACGUGAAAUUUGUUAAC